CAGCCCGUCACCGCUCCCGUUGGAUGCAGCAGUAGCGGAGCGGCGAGAGACACUGAACGGUGAUUGAAAGAGAAGAGAGCUGAACGGCGGUGGCGGCGGCAGCCAUCUUAAAACUACCGCACUAAUCCGAGAUAUACAUCUUCUGGAUAUUUCUGCGACGCCGAGCCCAAUCAGACCGUUUCGGGCGAGAGGAGACAGAGUAACGCAGUUUUAAUCUUUCCCUGUUUUUAUUACGAAGACGCGAUGCGGAUCCGCGGGGUCAAACCUUUCGCUUCUGCAGUCGGUCUGCUUUUAGGACUAUUAUACGCGGUGGAUGCAGCCAAAGUAAAUAAGCACAAGCCGUGGAUUGAGACCACGUAUCAUGGUAUCGUGACAGAAAACGACGACAAAGUUCUGCUGGACCCUCCUCUGAUAGCCUUGGAUAAAGAUGCUCCUUUGCGCUACGCAGAGAGUUUUGAGGUGACCUUCACCAAAGAAGGAGAGAUCUGCGGCUUCAGGAUUCACGGGCAGAAUGUGCCUUUCGAGGCGGUGGUGUUGGAUAAGUCCACUGGGGAAGGCGUGAUCCGGGCCAAGGAUAAACUAGAUUGUGAGCUGCAGAAAGAGCAUACCUUCACCAUCCAGGCCUACGACUGUGGAGAGGGACCUGACGGCGGAAACAUGAAGAAAUCUCACAAGGCCACCGUCCACAUCCAAGUGAAUGACGUGAACGAGUACUCUCCAGUGUUCAAAGAGAAGUCCUACAAAGCCACAGUAAUCGAGGGCAAGAAGUACGACAGCAUCAUGAAGGUGGAGGCCGUGGACGCAGACUGCUCUUUCCAGUUCAGUCAGAUCUGCAGCUACGAGAUUGUCACCCCCGAUGUGCCCUUCACCAUUGAUAAGGAUGGCAACAUCAAGAACACAGAGAAGUUGAACUACGGCAAGGAGCGCAUGUACAAACUCACAGUGACUGCCUAUGACUGUGGUAAAAACCGAGCAUCCGAGGACGUCCUGGUUAAGAUCAACAUCAAGCCCACCUGCAAACCGAGCUGGCAAGGAUUUAACAAAAGGAUUGAGUAUGAGCCUGGUACAGGAAGCCUAGCGCUGUUUCCCAGCAUGCAUCUGGAGACCUGUGAGGAGCCGAUCACCUCCAUCCAGGCCAGCAUCAUGUUGGAGACCAACCACAUCGGCAAGGGCUGCGAUCGAGACACUUACUCUGAAAAAUCCCUGCACAAGCUAUGCGGUGCCAGCUCUGGCACUGUGGAGCUUCUGCCUGCUCCCAGCAACUCUGCCAAUUGGACUGUAGGUCUGCCCACUGACAAUGGGCAUGACAGUGACCAGGUGUUUGAGUUCAACGGCACUCAGGCCAUCAAGGUUCCUGAGGGGGUGGUGAGCACCACCCUGAAGGAACCCUUCACCAUCUCUGUGUGGAUGAGACACGGGCCUGGAGGACGAGAGAAGGAGACCAUCCUCUGCAACUCCGACAAGACUGAGAUGAACAGACACCAUUAUUCUCUAUAUGUGCACAACUGUCGCCUGGUGCUGCUGCUGCGUCAGGAACCCACCGAAUCGGAGAGCUACAAACCUGCUGAAUUCCACUGGAAACUCGAUCAAGUGUGUGAUAAAGAAUGGCAUCACUAUGUGUUGAACAUCGAGUUCCCGGCAGUGACUUUGUUUGUGGAUGGAGGCACCUUUGAGCCGUUCCUGGUUACAGAGGAUUACCCUCUGCAUACCUCCAAGAUUGAGACCCAGCUCACCAUCGGCGCCUGCUGGCAAGACUUCUCAGGACAUGACAAUGACACUGAGACUCUCUCAGAGCCUUUGACAGGUGGCAGUGCCCGCAUGACUCAGUUCUUCCGGGGAAACCUGGCUGGACUCAUGAUCCGCUCUGGAAAACUGGAGAACAAGAAGGUGAUCGACUGCCUGUACACCUGCAAGGAGGGGCUCGAUGUGCAGCUUCCAGAAGAAGUGGCCUCUGCUGUCAAGGUGGAGUUUAACCCUAACCAGUCAUCACUGAGUCUGGAGGGAGAUGACAUUGAGAGCUUUGAGAAGGUCAUGCAGCACAUCUCCUACCUGAACUCCAGACAGUUCCCAACUCCAGGAAUACGCCACCUCCGUGUCUCCACCACUGUCAAAUGCUUCAAUGAGGAGACCUGUAUCUCUGUGCCGGACUCUGAAGGCUAUGUGAUGGUUCUCCAGCCAGAGGAGCCAAAGAUCAGCCUGAGCGGAAUCGAUCAUUUUGCACGUGGAGCAGCUGAAUUUGAGAGCGUGGAGGGUGUUACGCUGUUCCCAGAGCUGCGCAUCGUCAGCACCAUCACCCGAGAGGUGGAGGUGGAGGCAGAGGCUGAGACUGAAGCCGAAGGAGAGGAUGAUCCCACAGUGCAAGAGACGGUGGUGUCUGAGGAGAUCAUGCACAACUUGGACACGUGUGAGGUGACUGUGGUGGGAGAGGAUCUGAAUGGAGAUCAUGAGAGUCUGGAGGUGGAUCUGGCUCAGAUUCAGCAGAGAGCUCUGGAGAUGAGCUCCUCUAACGUGGGCAUGGUCAUCACAGGGGUAAACACCAUGGCCAACUAUGAACAGGUCCUGCAUCUGAUCCGCUACAGGAACUGGCACACAGAGGCUCUGUUUGACAGGAAGUUUAAACUUGUCUGCUCUGAGCUCAAUGGCCGCUACAUCAGCAAUGAAUUCAAAGUGGAGGUCAACGUGAUCCACACAGCCAACCCUAUGGAUCAUGCCAACAACGCUAUGGUGCAGCCUCAGUUCAUCAGCCAAGUGCAGCAUGCUUCAGUGGACUUGUCUGGACACAACCUGGUCAACACACAUCAGGCCUCAGUCGUCCCCAGUGCUGCCACCAUUGUUAUCGUUGUAUGCGUGAGCUUCCUGGUGUUUAUGAUCAUCCUGGGCGUCUUCCGUAUCCGAGCGGCCCACCAGCGCACCAUGAGAGACCAGGAGAACGGAAAAGAGAAUGAGAUGGACUGGGAUGAUUCAGCACUCACCAUCACUGUCAACCCAAUGGAGACUUACGAGGACCAGCACAGCAGCGAAGAGGAAGGAGAUGAGGAAGAGGAGGAAAGCGAGGAUGGAGAGGAGGAAGACGACAUCACCAGCGCAGAGUCGGACAGCAGCGAGGAUGAGGCCGGAGAACAGGAGGAUCAGCAGGGCUCCAGCAGACAGCAGCAGCUGGAGUGGGACGACUCCACUCUCACCUACUGAUCCACACAGUACACACUACUACAAUUACAAAAACACACACACAAACACAACUAUAAAGCCACCCCUCACAGUCACAUCCCUCUGCCAAUAGGGACGCCCUUGUUCCCCCUACCCAAGGAGCCAUGCGUAUAAGCGCAGAUAUAUGUACAAUAUAAAAGCGAAUAUAUCCGGUGUCUGUCGUGACAGGUGUUGCAGUCCGCUUCAUUCCCACCCGCUGAGGCUUCCCUAAUGACAUCAUAUUGUGGUGGUAUUCAGUGUAGUAUAGUAUCACAGCUAUCUCAAUACAACUUCCUAAUUUAUUCAGCUUUUUUCUGGAAUUUUGGCCUACGUUUGCAUUUUCCACACUUCUUAUUUUCUCCGGGAAAUGAUUUACUGUAUACUCCACAUAAUGCACCAUGAGGUUUAAGGGUUGGUUUGCUCUGAGGAUGCUUUCCGAUGACUUUUCCUUUUUCCCUCUUUAUAUUGCAUGGCAAGAUUUGCAAUCAUGGGUAUGGAAGAAUACAACCGCUUUUUGAUAUUUUGUAAAUAAGACCAUGUAAUUAGUCAGUGUGUUAGUGAAAGCCUAACCAGCGGUUUCCGGUAUCUUUAAAAAAAGAAAAAAAAAGGCACAGUGUACCUGCUGUAGAACAUUUAUGUCAGAUGCUCUUAGCAUGUUUCAGAAACCUUCGGUAAAUCUCACGCUCGUACAAAAAAAGACGUCCGCUUCACGGAGAGAAACCCAUGACUGAGGCUGAGGUUUCUGUGGCAAAGUGUCGUUCAUUUUGUCUUUUCUCUUGGAGGUGGGUGCGCGCGCAUCUUUUCCUUUCAUUCCGUUUGGUUUCGUACUGUCGAGUUGGUUCAGUGCUUUACAUAUGCUAAUUUUAGCUGGGCUUGCAAUGGCACAAAUGCUACACCAAGGCUUCAAUGUUUUAAAUCCAGUGACUAAUAAUCACAUUCAGGUGAUGAUGAAUAUACGGUUGUUGUUAUUUGUUUUAUUUUCUUCUUCUUGUGGUACUGUAUGUUGUACAGUUUAGGCACACUGCAGUUAUUUAAGCCAUUCUGAAGUGAUAGUGCUUGGGUUUCCUCUCAUAAAUAAUAGAGACCAAUUUGGAAUCACAGUACGCACUCUCAUAACCCAGUCUGAAUAACAUUUAUGACUGAAAUGACGUUGAAAAAAAUGGGUGUGCUGGUGAUUAUCGACAAUGUGAGCACUGCAAUAGACUUCAGUUGGUGAAGUGCUUGCUUAAGAUGCUCGGUUACAUAACCGGGGGGUUAUUUUUGUUUAAUAUAAUUCAGGAUUAAAGAGAGUUCACCCCAAAACUGUCUUCAUGUACUCUACUUGUUUUAGACUUAUGUUGAACCCAAUAGAUAUUUUGAAGAUUGUUUGCAACCAAACAGCUAGUGGUAGCCAUUGAUUUGUCUAGUUACCAGCAUUCUUCAAAUGAUCUUUUAAUUCACAUAGGUUUGGAAACAAAUUGAGAAAAUGCCAUUUUUUGGGUGAACUCUUGCUUUAAUCCACAUGAUUCUAGUCAUUUGGAAGCCCCUAAAUACAUAACAAGGGCUAUCACAGCGCGUUAAAAGAAUUAACUUCAACCCUUUUCAACUAUUUUUGCAGGAUGGCCGCUAGAUUUUAUUGUACAUGUACUGCAGAGUUGUGUAAAGAUAUUUGUUUACAUUUGGUAAACUUUUAUUCCUUCGUUUUUUUGGGUGACACUAUCAAUCUACUCCAGAUUUGCAGGUCAUUUCUCCUGGUAGUCGCUCUCAGAAUCAUACCAUCGUUUCAUUUCCUUACUGUGAUUGGACAUUUCGGGAUGCACCCCCCUCCGAAAGUGGUCAGUUAUUGGGGAAAAUACUAUUCCGCUCCCAUUGGGCUUGAAAAAGAAUGUCAGUUAUCUAGCAGAUUGUACUUUGACUGAUUGUUUCGUAUAAGACGGAUGUGAAGCUUUAGGGUACUGCAUUCAGUUCCUUCGUUUUGUUUACAUGCAUGUCUGUUCUCAGUUCUCAGCCUAAAUUAUGUGGCGGUGAUUGGUGGAUCGAAAAUUAUUUGUCAUGUCAGAAAAGGUACAAAGUCGAUUAGAAGGUCUAUUUUUGUGACCCCUUUUAUUGGUAGGCGUUUUUAUCAGGUCCCCCUUCAAAAAAUUGUGGUUUUAAGAAAUAAUAAAUAAGCAAGUGAAUAAAUAAUGGUCUAUAAUUCAGCUGGUGGAGUUGGGAGUGCCUUUUGCCUAUCACAGCGCAUUAAUAACACAACUAACCAAACACUCAUCCAUGCCAUUUUUUAGUUCUUUGCAAUUUUUUAAUUAUUAAUUCUUAGAUUUGGUACAGGUCUGGAGAAGUGAUCUUAUUUAAUUCUGAUUAUUUUUUUGGUUACAAUAGGGAUCAACAGCUAGUUUUAUCAAGAGUGGACGUUUUAAUUGUCCUACAUAGAUGUCUCGUGUUCAUGUCGAUGUGUAGAGAAAAUAGGUCCAUACUGUUCUCAUCAAUAAAUAUUGUAAUAAAUCCUGUUUGAGGAGAUUCACUUUGAAAAGAUGUACAUUAUUAUUAUAAUAAUAGGCUGCAUAUAUGUGUAUAGUGAAAGGUGCAUUUCCUGAAAACGCUGUGAAGCGCAGCAUGAAAUUCACGAGGAGCCGAAACAUGACCGUUUCUCACUCAAAUGUAAUAGUCGCUCACGGUGUAUUGCAGACGUUUGAUCGAUGUAGACCAUUCCAUGAGACCAAAUUCAGUAGAUUAAAUGUUUGUACUGAAAGAUUUCAAAUAAAAUCAAAAUCGCACAAUUGUUUCUAUCCUCCCUCCUUUUCCCCUGAUGCAAAUAUAUUCAUCUGCUGGUUCUCAAGGGAAAACGAUGUGAUUUUAAGACACCGACGCAGAAACUUCCAUAAUAAACAGGCAGUUUGUGCUGGAUGUGAACCGCUGCGAUCGGUUGCAGUCUAUCGGGGCAUUGUUUUUUUGUUUUUUUGCAUGUGUAACACAGAUCUGAAUAUUUGCUGUAAACUGGCACAUGGAUGUGUGUGUUCAGAGUGGUGUAGAUGGCGAUAUACUACUGAAUCAAAGAUUAUCUGUCACAGAUUUGCAGCCUUCGGUGGUCAUUGUUCACGUUUUUGGAUUACUUUAUUUUUUUUUGCUCUAGAAAUGAAACAUGGGGAUGUCGUAGAACUGUUGGAUGCUGCCUUCCAGCUCAUUCACUUUUCUAUUAUUCCGAGGAAUAAUUGUAGUGAAGUUGAUGCUUGCUCAUGAACAAAAUAAAGGAUGAGAUGGGAAUAAA